CUUCGUUUCCAUCACUUGUGUUGUCGUCAUCGUCGAAGACUUGUCGUGUCGAAGAGUUGAUUGAACGAAGCUACUACCCAACCAGCCUCUUGACUCUUUAGCAUUUGGUUUUAAAACAAGUUUCACCAUGGCCAUCGGAAAAAAUAAGCGAUUGACAAAGAGCAAGAAGGGAAGCCGAAAAAAGGCUGUAGACCCCUUUCUCAAGAAAGAAUGGUAUAAGCUGAUUGCUCCCUCCAUCUUUGCUGUCAAGGACGCUGGUAAGACAUUGAUUACCAAGACACAGGGAACCAAGAUUGCUUCCGAUGGUUUGAAGGGACGAGUCUUUGAGUUUAGUCUCGCCGACUUGAACAAGAACGAAGCUUUGGCUUACCGAAAGAUCAAGCUUUGUAUCGAGGAUGUCCAGGGAUACAACUGUCUCCUCAACUUUCAUGGCAUGGACAUGACACGCGACAAGCUCUGCAGUUUGAUCCGCAAAAAGCAAUCCAUCAUUGAAGGAAAUGUAGACUGCAAGACCACCGAUGGAUACAUGAUUCGCAUGUUCUGCAUCGCAUUUACUCGAUCCCAAGAAAACCAAAUAAAAAACACAUGCUAUGCCAAAUCCGCUCAAGAACGAGCAAUUCGGACCAAGAUGGUAUCCACCAUGAUGGAAUUGGGAACCAAGGGCGACUUGAAGAGUCUUGUCAAGGAACUCAUCUCCGCUCCAAUCGGAGACAAGAUUGCCCGAGAGGCAUCCUCCAUCUUCCCCAUUAAGGAUUGCUACAUCCGAAAGGUAAAGGUAUUGAAGAAACCCAAAUUUGAUGUCACAGAACUCAUGGAGUGGCACAAUGCUGAUGAAACCCCUGCCGGAGACGUUGGAAAGCCUGUUGAAGACAAGGAUGCCGGACUUGCUGGAGCUGGUGGUCGUUUGUAAUCCAACGACCUACAUAAAUAGUCUAGCAAAGUUCACUGGCUUUU